GGAAAAUAAAAUUACUGGCACAUGAAAAUGAUACUGAUACUCUAGUUAAUUCAUUUAUGCAAGACAAAUGAAAUUCAAUACUUGCAAUUUCUUUGUGAAGAAAUUUCCUCAAAUCUGCAUUUGAUUCUCUUUAACCUUCUUUUUGGGAUAUCAUGAACAUAGUACAAACAGACCCAACAAACUAUAUAGAAAAGACAGCUUUGCAAAUUAUGAAACCAUAAACAAAGGGAAGGAAGCUGAUUACUAAACCAAAAAAGAGGGAAGCUCAAUUAUUUAAUAAACACAAAACCAAACAAAAACAAAAGAAAAAAAAGGUCCAAAUACUCAACUACAAGCAAUACCUUCAGGACAAGAAUAGAAUCUAUCACAAUUCACAGUAGAUCAAAAUAAACCCACAACAAAAAAGAACAAAAAAACAUUCCCUCUAAUCUGAACACAAAAAAAAAAACACACAUAUUUGAAAAGGCCAACCCCAGGAAAACAGGAAACAAAAACUCACCCAAGAAAAACAGUAAGGCACUACUACCACCAACAACAGCAUCAAUUCCAACAAACAAAAUAAUAGUACCCCUUUUUUCUCACCGCUAUCAACGGCAAUUCUGUCUAUCCUUACAACAAAAACAAGAAGGCAAGGCUUUCAUAAGUUUAUUACAAUGAAGGCAUGAGCUCAUCACCACCACCUCCUCAUCAGUCUCAGACAGAGCCUCAGGGAGUAGGCCAAGAGCAACGAUUGGUUCGAAAACUAAUCGUCGAGGUAAUCGAUGCUCGAGACCUACUCCCUAAGGAUGGUCAAGGGAGUUCAAGCCCAUAUGUGGUGGUGGAUUUUGAUGGGCAAAGAAAGCGUACAUCAACCAAAUAUAGAGACCUUAAUCCUACAUGGAAUGAGCCCUUGGAGUUCAUUGUUUCGGACCCGAAUACAAUGGAUUAUGAGGAGCUUAAUGUAGAGGUUUACCAUGAUAAGCGCAUGUCUCCUUCAGGUUCUGCUCGUAAGAAUCAUUUUCUUGGGCGUGUUAAGUUGUAUGGUUCACAGUUUGCUAGGAGAGGUGAUGAAGGUUUAGUUUACUUUCCAUUGGAGAAAAAGAGUGUAUUUAGCUGGAUUAAAGGUGAGCUUGGGUUGAGAAUAUUUUAUUAUGAGGAGAUGUAUGAUCAUCAACAGCAGCAGCAGCAACCUCCACCUCAAGGAGAAUGUGGCGGACCUCCGCCACCUGAGAUGGCGGAGGUCCAGCCAGAGCAGAGGAAGGAAGAUAUUCAUGAGCAUGUUCCGCCAAUGCCGACUGAUGUUGCCAUGGAGGCUUCAGGUCAAGGUCAAGGGCAAUGUCCUCCACCUCAAGGGAUGGUUGUUGAGGAAGCUCCUCCGCAACAACCACCCAUAAGCGGCGGCGCCACCAUAGAAACCGUCGUCCACCACCACGACGGUUAUCCUCAACCACCACCAGACCACUAUCACCACCCACCACCACAAGAGGCGCGUGAAUUUCACGCGCCACCACCAGAGAUUAUUCGGCGUAUGGCAGCUCAGAAAAGAACCACCCCAGGAGAGUACGCUCCGAGGGUUAUCUCUGGAAAAUUCGUACCCGAGACAGAGAAGAUUUCAGCUUUUGAUUUAGUCGAGCCCAUGCAGUUUCUCUUCGUACGUAUUGUAAAAGCUAGAGGAUUAACUCCUAAUGAAAGCCCAUUUGUGAAAAUAAGAACAUCAACAGAAUCUCGACGUACUAAACCUGCUGCAUAUCGUCCAGGGGAAUCACUAGAGAACCCUGAAUGGCGAGAAGUUUUUGCAAUCCCAUCAACUUCACAAUCCGUUGCAGGUAACUUAGAAAUCUCUAUUUGGGAUGCGGCAACAGAGAGAUUGUUCCUAGGAGGAGUGUGCUUUGAUCUAUCAGACGUGCCCGUACGAGACCCGCCUGAUAGUCCGCUUGCUUCGCAAUGGUACCAUCUUGAAGGUAGUGAAGGUAUCUCAGGAGAUAUACAGCUUGCUGUUUGGAUAGGAACACAAGCUGAUGAUGCAUUUCCUGAGGCAUGGACUUCAGAUGCACCACCGCAACAACCGAGUGUUGCGUUUACACGGUCUAAAGUGUAUCAGUCUCCGAAGUUAUGGUAUCUACGUGUGACAGUUAUAGAGGCACAAGAUCUUCAUAUUCCUCCGAAUCUCCCGCCUUUAACUGCACCGGAGAUUCGGGUGAAAGCUCAGCUUGGGUUUCAGUCAGUUAGGACACGAAGAGGAUCAAUGAGUGUACAUGGUGGAGCUGCUGUACAUUGGAAUGAGGAUUUGAUUCUUAUUGCUGGGGAACCGUUGGAAGAGCAGUUAAUUCUGUUAGUUGAAGAUAGGACAGGUAAAGAUCCUAUGCUUUUAGGACACGCUAUUGUUCAUGUGGGGUCCAUCGAGCAACGGAACGAUGAGAGACAGGUGGUAGCUAAGUGGAUUACUUUGGAAGGAGGUGGAGGUGGUGGUGGUGGUGGUGGUGGUGGUGGAGGACCAUAUUGUGGGAGGGUUCUUUUAAGGUUGUCUUUAGAAGGAGGGUAUCAUGUGCUGGAUGAGGCUGCUCAUGUGUGUAGUGAUUAUAGGCCAACAGCGAAGCAAUUGUGGAAGCCUCCGAUUGGGGUACUAGAGCUUGGGAUACUUGGAGCUCGUAGUUUACUUCCAAUGAAGACUAAGGGUGUAGGUAAGGGGUCUACUGAUGCUUAUUGUGUGGCUAAGUAUGGGAAGAAAUGGGUUCGAACUCGAACGAUUGUGGAUAGUUUUGAUCCUAGAUGGAAUGAGCAAUAUACAUGGCAAGUUUAUGAUCCGUGUACUGUGCUAACAAUCGGAGUAUUCGACAAUUGGCGGAUGUUUGCAGAUCCUGGAGAAGAGAAGCCUGACUACCGAAUUGGGAAGGUUAGAAUUCGAGUGUCUACAUUAGAAAGUAACAAGGUAUAUACCAAUUCAUACCCUCUUUUGGUAUUGCUUCGAUCAGGGCUUAAGAAGAUGGGUGAGAUUGAGUUGGCUGUACGAUUUGUGUGUCCGUCUUUAUUGCCUGAUACUUGUGCUGUGUAUGGGCAACCACUUCUUCCGCGAAUGCAUUAUCUUAGACCACUUGGUGUUGCCCAACAAGACGCUCUUCGUGGGGCGGCUACUAAGAUGGUGGCAGCUUGGCUAGCGCGGUCAGAGCCUCCUCUAGGGCCUGAAGUAGUAAGAUACAUGCUAGAUGCUGAUUCACAUGCUUGGAGUAUGAGAAAAAGCAAGGCUAAUUGGUUUAGGAUUGUGGCUGUGCUUGCUUGGGCAAUUGGGUUAGCAAAGUGGCUUGACAGGAUUAGAAGAUGGAAAACCCCAUUAACCACAAUUUUGGUUCACAUUCUUUACUUAGUCCUAGUUUGGUACCCUGAUUUGAUCAUCCCAACUGGAUUCCUAUAUGUUUUUCUAAUUGGGAUAUGGUACUAUCGAUUCAAACCCAAGAUACCUGCGGGUAUGGAUACACGAUUAUCACAAGCGGAGACAAUAGAUCCAGACGACCUCGAUGAAGAAUUCGACACGAUCCCUAGUUCAAGACCCUCGGAUAUAAUCAGAGUUCGGUAUGAUAGGUUGCGGAUAUUAGCAGCCAGGGUGCAAACCGUAUUAGGAGACUUGGCAACCCAAGGUGAAAGAGUUCAAGCAUUGGUAAGUUGGAGAGACCCAAGGGCUACAAAAUUGUUCAUAGGGAUAUGUUUAAUGGUCACAAUAACACUCUAUGCGGUACCUCCAAAAAUGGUAGCCGUAGCACUUGGGUUCUAUUUUUUGAGGCAUCCUAUGUUUAGAGAACCUAUGCCUCCAACUAGUUUGAACUUCUUUAGAAGACUACCAAGUUUGUCUGAUCGAUUAAUCUAAACCAAUUUUCAUCUUUUCAACAAGCUCACCUUUUCCUAUUUUUUUUUUGCUUAGAACAAAGUAUUAGUUAUAGGUUCAUAGGAAAAAAAAAUAUGUAUACUUAUGUUAGUGGGAGACUUUUUGUGGGGGAGAGAAAGUGUAAUUUUUUUGCACAAUAUUAGUGGGUUUGAAAAGGGUUUGGUCUCCUAUAUAAGUACAUUGGGAGUGGAGAAAGUGAGUUGAAAAUUUUGGUAAGAGGUUUUUGUUUCUUUUGGGAUUGAAAUUGAUUGCCUGACAGUAGGAUUGAAAUAAGGAGUAGAGGAAAAACAAAGGUGGGGCAAAUUUUUUGGGGGCAGAUUUUGGAUGCCAGAGAGAUUGGUGUUAUACUGUCUCCAUAAUAUUGAAUUAUUAAUAUACACAAUUGAAUUGCUUUCUACUUUCUAGUUUCCACUAAUAUCAUAUUACAUAUGUACAAUUGCAUUUCGAUUUUGUAGUAUUUUACCAAAAGUUAAUAAUUGUUGAUGAAAAUUGCGUGAUUAUAUUUAUGAUUUUGACCAUUUAUAUCCUUAAACAUGUGCAAUAAUUUUCACGUUGAAGCAAACUAGCAAAGAUAUUAAGCCUACCAAUUUAUAGCUUUUUAAGGCCAUCAGGCCCAUUAUCUGUGAGUAGGAAAAAAAAUUGAAUAACCCACAUUCCACCCCCCACCGGACCCACUCCCAUGUACUAAAAGUAUGAACCAACAGUUUUAAAAAAAUUAAAAGCUACAACUAUUCUAUUUUUGGUUCUCCUUUUAUUCAUACAUCUAUUAUGUCAAUACUUAUAUGGUUCAGUUAUAUCCUUCCUUUUUUUUUCCUUCAUUCUAUUUGAAAUCUUUUUAUCAAAGUAAAUGUAAUAUGUGGAUUGUUCUCCUAGGAGCACAAUGAGAACCGUGCUCCCAUAAUGUAAAAUAGAACAUUUAUGAAAAUGAAAACGAACAUUUUACUGUUGAAGUGGAAUAUUACAAGAAUUCACUUAAAAAAACGAACAUUUUACUAUUGAAGUGAAAUAUCACAAUAGUUAACUUAUGAAAACGAACAUUUUAUUGUUGCAAUGGAACAUUACCAUAAUUCAAUUACGAAAAUGAACAUUUUACUACUAAAGUGGAACAUUAUCAGAACUCAAUAACUGAAAUAGAACAUUUUGUAAUAGCCCGUAUUUUUAAACAUGUUUUAAAUUAAGUAAUUGUGUUCAUUAGUUUAACUAAGCUUUAUAUCAAAAUAAAGAUUACUAAGAAUUUUAUGAUGGUGUGGAUUUUAUCAAAGUGAAGUAUUUAGUAAAUGAUUUUAAGCUUAAAAAGAAAAAAAA